CCCUUUGCAAUAUAAUUAAGCAUACUAUGUCUGUAACAGGAGUUUCAGACCCUGAUAGAAUGUUGAAGAAGUCAAUCCAUCUAAGGAACGACUCCGGUGAGCUCGAUGUGUUUGAAGCUGCACAGUAUUUCUCGGGGUACAAUAACGCGGCUAGCAAUAGUUAUGCAACAUUCUCUCAGAAGAUUAUGAGCAGGGUCAGCUUGGAUGUGCCAAUGACUAUGAGGAACACUUUUCCUCAACAAGCUCAUGUGGAGGAAAAGCAAAUUAAGGACAAGAAAUAUAAGCUACCGAGCUCUCCUGGUGGGAGAUUUGCUAGCUUCUUGAACUCUCUUUUCAAUCAAAGAGACUCGAAGAAGAAGAAAUCGAAAUCGACCACACAGUCCAUGACUGGUGAAGAAGAGGGCCCUGGUGGGAGAAGGAAAAGGAGGAGCAGUAUUAGCCAUUUUCGGAGCUCGAGUAUGGCCGACACCAAGUCAUUUUAUUCGUCCUCAAGCUUCGGUUUCAGGACACCACCUUCCUAUGCACAUACUCCUACGAAGAUCUACAAGGAAGUUAGAAGCUAUUCGGAUCAUAAACACGUCUCAUCUCGGUUGAGGACCAACAUUGGACCAACGAAACCAACAGCUUUACAAAAUGAUGUCAUUGAUGACAGAAAGAAUACAAAUACAACAGACUACUCUUGGUUGGAUGAGAAAUUGAAGUUCAAUAAUGGCUACUCAGAGAAGCACAAGAAUAUCGGUGUUUAUCAUCAGGAGAAGAGUCUGAAUUACAGCGAUCGGUAUCCAUCCGACGAGAAAGAAAUCAGGAAGUUCAACGAGACCGAUGAUGGUGCAGAUAGUGAUUCAAGCUCUGAUCUGUUUGAGUUGAACUACGAUUUAAGCAUUUACUCAAGUGGUUUGCCCGUGUAUGAAACUACACAUAUGGACACCAUCAAGAGGGGUGCACCAAUUUCCAAUGAUGCCCUAUGAGAUCCUGCAUCUUCAACUUGUUGAUGGUUUCAUUUGUGUCCAUUGCCAUUGCACGCUUUGAUUGAAACAAAGAAAAGAAAAGAAAAUCGAUAUCUUAUAUUUUCCUUUCUUUUUCCUCAAUGAAUGCCUUUUCUUUUCUUUUCUUUUCUCUGUAUGUACAGCUCGACAUGUUUGCCUGUCUUUGGAUUAAUGCAAAAACAUUAAAA